UUUGACAGUACAAUUACGAAAACACAAGCGCAUAAAUGUCUCCCCGCGAUAUUUUCGUAAGAAAUGACUUCUACAAAUGAUGGAAAAGACGUGAAAAGUAAUCAAACAAGUGGCCCAAAAGGCAAAACAUAUUACAUUGAACUUUACAAGUCGCUCGAGGCGGGGCUGAGCGGCGACUGUGAGUUCCGCGAGCGCACACAACACCUGUGCGAGGCGUGGCGACGCAUUCACAGUCUCUGCCAGCACUCGGCGCCCUCGACGCACCCGCAUCUGCUGAGCUGGCUGCAGAGGCACACUGCUAGGCUCGUGCUGCAGACGGAAUGGCAGUCCCCAAAAAGUAAAGAAGAACACAGUAGCCUUGAGGAAGCUAUCAAUGCCUUCAUCAAGGAGUGCUCGGAGCACCCUGGCGGCAGCAGGGAUGCGGGCCCGCCGCCCUGGGAGGUGCAGCUUGUGGCGCGGGGGGAAUGGUUCAAGAAGAUCUUGGAGAACCCCUGGGGACAUCCAGUGCUUAGGGCACUGUUGGACCCCAGGGGGGAACCGCCUUCCGAUCAGGAAGUACUAGAAUGGCUGAAGGAGGAGCGCGGCGUGAUGUUCGUGACGCGGCUGCGGCAGCUGGCGGCCUCCAAGUGCGACGACCUGGCGCUGGCGCUGUCCUCCGCCGUCAUGCAGCGCGUGCGCAGCGACCGCCCGCCCGCUGAUGCUGACGGUACAGACCAGCCGCCCAGCCAGCAACCACCUGCUGAUGUCACAGAUAAACCGAAGGCGGAUAACAAGCCGUCUUUCGAAGACAUCCUGAAGUCAGAGGCGGGGUUCACAGUGGACGUGUGGGAGUUACUCACGGACAUAGAGUUUGUGUUGCUACAUAAACGUGACAAACGCGCGCGCUGUAUCGAACUGGCUAAACAAACUCCUCUCCGCAACGGCUACCAGCUGGUGGAGAGGUUACAAAGCCGGCUCGAUACUUCGCCCCGCGAGAAGAAACUAUGGAAGAACGCCAAAGAAGUCGCUACGCUUAUUGCACAGGUGAUAAUAACCCGAUGCAUGGUGGUGCCGACAUGCGUGGGCGCGGCUCGUACAGCAUUGUACUGUUGUGCCCGGUCGCUGGUGCGGGCGCUGGGCAGCAACCUGCCGUGUGCUGCGCGAGCCCUUGCCGCGCCCGCCUCCACCGCCCGCCAUCUGCACACCCUCGCCGCUGCUGUCGAUGCACAUAGCACGGCGGACAUGAAGCCGUUUGUAUGCGAGCUUUACGUUCGAGCCAUCACCGCCGGUAUGAACGAGCUAGAAAGGCUCAAACUUAAGACUGAAAAGGAAGAGGAGACUCGUUCAGCGGAACAGACGUUAGCGUCAUGGUUCAGCCAGCUGGGCGCGUUGCUCUCAGCAUCAGAGCGGCUCCGCUGCGAGUGCCUGCUGACGGCCUUCUCCGUGCACCCCACGCCCGCCAGCUAUGAGCGUAUCAAGGCCGCGCCGCCGCUCGCAUCGAGGACACUGGACGUUCAUGAAACAAAAGAGGCACCGAAUCCAGAAUUCGGAAGCUGGGCGAGCGACUCCCGCUCGCAGACCAACUUCGUCAAGACUUCGGAGACCCUCAACCUCAAACACACGCAGAACCGAGCAAAUGUGCUGUCCACGGCUAUAUUCAGCGAGGGCGAAGCCCUAGGCAUCAGCCCUGAACUUUGUACGGAUAUCGCCGUGCUGCUGUCCGGACCUAGAUUGAAGACUCUUUCUUGGGAUACUGACAGAGAGGUGCUGCUAUCGAACUGCCGCACAUACAUGGAGCGUACGAACAACGGCACCCGCGCCCUCACCACCGAGCUCAAGUACCUCAACCUGGACCCCAGCCAGUUCCAGCACCUGCCCGAGGAGGACGAUGAUGAUGGAGACAUGUACUACGGCAUUGAGAAAGGCUAUGAACAUUUAGUGGAAUACCAAGAGCCUGAGGAAAUUUGGCAAGACGCAGACGACCCCGAACGAACAGAAAGCGCCAAAUCAGAAGACGACACUGAAUUCCCUAUCAAAAUUAAGAAAUUAAAUAGAAAGACCAGGAAGGCACUAUCUUCAGAAGACGACUCUGACCCCCUCAGCCUCGUGGCAGAAGCCAAGAGGGAAGAAAAGAAAAAGAAAGAACGUCCACACAGCAAAGAAAGAAGUAAAGAGCGUAAAAGAUCAAAAUCAAAACCGAAGCCCAAAGAUCCUCUCGAUGUGGGAGAACAAAGCACAGAGAAGAAGAAAGAAAAAGAACCCAAAAAGAGAGAGAAGCGAAGCAGGAAGAAGAAGGAGAAAGAGCCACAGAGUGUGGCUCAGACUUCUUCUCUGUCCAGUCUUAUUGGUAUGAAGAUUACUAAGCACGCAGUCGGGGGAACUGACAGUACCAACACUGUUGCUAACACCCCUUCCGUCAGUGAUAGUGAUUAUGACAGUCAAGGCAAGUGCUCCGUCAUUUCGGAAAACAACGAGACUGAUGUCCUAUUCGAUGGCCUAUUUUCUAUGGAUGAACUAAAGUCUCCAGAAAAGAGUCCAGGUAAAAAUCCCCUUGCGAAAAAUUUGGAAAAUUAUAACGCUAACGGCAAAAUCGCUGUUAGCACGUCGACUCAACCGCCUUCUUAUGACAACAGAAUGGAUAUUACAAAACCUGCUGUGGCAAGCAGAACGAAAUCGAGAGAUAGUUCCCCAAGCAACCCAACUUCCAGUUUGAGUCCAGCUAGUCAAUCAGUUAAAGAGAGCCUAACGAAAUUACUACACUACAGGCGACAGAAGACCCUUUUAGAGAAUGAAAAACGACUAAAUUUGCAGCCGAAUGUCGUACAUUCAUACAGUUAUGCACAGGGACAAGAGAAUCCUAUUAUAACGCCUCAAGUACCAAGUCCACAGCCACCUUCGGCCAGCCCAGUUAAUGUUCCAGAGAAACCUAAAGUCUAUAUGAACCAAACACAGUCUGAACAGCUCGCAGAACUGAGAAACGAAGUGAAUAGCUUGUUAAGUGCGAAAACUUUUGGUAUCGCCAGACCAGUUAUACAGUAUAGUCCUAAGAGCAACAACAGUUUGAUGAACAAUGCCCAGACAAGUGGGGUUAGAUUACCGAACCCUGGAGUCUCGCAGAAACCGCCGACUUAUAAAAUUCCUCAAGGUCCCGUCAGGUCUGCUACAAGUGCUGAGGCGAAGACCACUCCGUCACGCUCUCAUGUUGCUCAAACCAGUAAUAGACCGAAAUCUGUUGACUCGCCAAGUCAGCAGAAGUUUCAUAUAUUCCUUAAAGAGCUGCAAGAGUCUAUCAACGCAGGGGCUGAUGUAGACACCACUCGGAAUGUUCCAGUCAGGAAAGAAGUGAAACCUAUGAACAGGGUCACCCCUGUAACUCCGGCUAAACCUCAACCCAAGACAUCUCCACAAUGUGCCAAAACCCAAAAGAAGUCAGAUAACUUUUUAAACACAUUCUCGCGCCUCAGUUAUUUACAUAAAAAUAAAAUGGACACGAAAGCAAAUGGAAAGAACGUUGUUGAAGCCCUAAUAGAAUAUCAGAGCAAAACGCUGCAACACCCUCCUGACGAAGAAGAGAUUAAUCGUAUUAUAAAUGAACAAAAAGCUGCAAAAGCGAAAUACCUGAGUUUAAAAAGCGAUCCAGUACCGUCUACAGUAGAGCGAUCGCCAUGUCCCACUCCAAGAACCAAGCAAAGUUUACCGAAAAAUCAAGAGAAAUCAAAGCCUGGCAAUGCUGCAAAGCAGAAUCCAAUAAUCGCCAACAUACUGCAGUCGAACCCUAAACUUACAAUUAAACCGGAACCAGUAACCAGAACUAUGACAGUAGAACGACCGCGGGAUCCUCCGACACCUACAAGAUGUUCGUCACUUACCGAGAGAGAUCAACAGGACUUGCUACUCCUUUUACGACAGCAGACUAAACUAAAUAAUCGUCCUGCGAAGGUCGAAAAUGUUAAAGUUGAAAAUAUAAAGGAGAGGGUACAACCCCCGCAAACGAUUACCAAUCACAUACCUCCAUUGAACUAUUCUCUUCCUAGCACUAUUCAGUCGUCAAACAAAAUCAACAUGUUAGACGCUCCUAGCAUUUCUUACACUAACAUCAAACAAGUAACAAAACAUAGUCCAAGUGUGAAACCAUCCAAUGCAAAUAAUAUCGAUUUGCGAAUACCGCAUACAAAACCUUUGAACAUGGUCAAGACUGAACUUAAUUGUACUAAGACCGUUGAUCAGAAACCUCACAGUAACAGUGAAACUAAGACGACAAAGAACAAAACUGCUGUCAAAUCUGGCGUGGAUAAGCAGGGAACUGAUUGGGAGAAAGUAAUGGACGCCAUUUUGUCACAUAAAACUCCAAGCAGAGGACCGAAUGCCCUCGAUAUGGCUUUGAACAAAGACGCCUAUGACAAAUCGCUAUCAGACAGUUUACGGAAGCAGAGGAUAGUAAAGGUGAAUCCCUCUGGUGAUGGACGAGCUCUUACAGAAGUGAUAUCAAGAGGCUCGUCAGAUCCGGCAUUGAAUUUGGAUCACCCGCAGCGGACCCAUACACCCAUCAUUCUGAGCCGCUCUAACACAGAAAGUGUUAUAAAGACCAAUAAGAAUAAAACAUAUACGAAAUCGUCACAAAAGGUUGUUCAGAAAAGUCUUACGAACAAUAGUGUUCUUCAUGCCAAUCCAAACUUAACCAGACCGAUUCAAACGGAAACAUCAAAACGACAUAUUCAGACUGAGAAAAGACCAAGCCACUCAAAAGACCAAAUUGACGUACUUAAGAAAAUACCUAACAAACAUCAUGAGAAACAGUUUACUGCUUCAUAUUAUAAAGAAGAGGACCCGUUUAUUUCUGGUAUUCCUAACUCUGAUUAUGAUCUCCUUGAAGAAUUAAUGGAUGAUGAUUUGCGACAAGAAAUCGGGGAACUGUCAUCUGACGAAGAUAGUUACAGAACACCAAUGCAAGGACUGAAAGAUAAAGCUUUCCCUAUUAAUAAGCAUAACAUAACUCCUGCGAUGUUAGAGGAAAAGCUCAUAAAUCCGUCAGUAAUUAACUCAACACCGGUUCAUAAGAAACCUGCGCCGAAAGCACGAUGUGAUAUUCCUAAGACUGCUUUUCAUACAAAACUUCAACAACCGGAAUCGGCCAAUGUGAAGUCAGUUAUAAAGAAUCCUACAAAUCUGAAAUUAAGUGAAAUCCUACACCAACAGCCUAAAACAGUUACGAUACCGAAAACGAACGAACAAAUUUUGAACAUAAAUCCAAAUCAAAUGUGUAAUGUCGAUCAGGCGAAUACAUAUGUGGCUGCUGUGCCGCAACAACCUGCGGCAAAGAACGUGGUAAUUGGAGUCAUUGGAUCAGACCUCGUGUACCAGCACUGCACGGUUAAGAACCCGCCUCGUCAAGCUAGUGCACCGCAGAAUUCGUAUGUGGCGUACAACAAGCAACCAAACGUGGCUGUAUAUCAGACCACGCAGUUCGCUGCACCGGUUGUAAAGCCACUGAUCAUAGGAAAUGCUGUCACGGUGCCUGCACCUAAUGCACAAGUGAAGGCAUCACCUUUGGUUACGCUCUCUAAUAAACCUGAAAUUACUGUCCAGACAGUGACUAAACACAGAGUCGAUAGUAACAGAACAAAUAAAGAAGAAAUUAGAAAAGAAUUUCAACAUAAAACAACACAAAAUGCCUCCAAGGAUGCUAAACCUGAGCCAAAGACUAAUACAGUCGAGACUAUAACCAGUGAUACUCAGAAGGUGGAAAAGGAAAAAGUGGAUAUUAAUUCUAAUAAGAAUGUUUGUGAAAGAAAGGUAUUGUCUGAAGUACAAGAAAAACAAAAGUUAGCUUCAGCUGAGAAAACCGAGCCGAAAAUAACUAGAAGCCAAUCAAGAAUGUCUUUCGAACGAGAUAUGGUCAAUGAAGUGUUAAAAGAUCAAGAACGACUGCAAAAGAAACGAUUGUCUAUCAUUAAUCGAAAUAUCUGUCAUCGAAUCGAUAAAACAGUCAUACCGUUAACGUAUGCUCCGCUAAUCAUUAAACCCAUUGUAUGUAAAACCCAAGAGAAACGACCGAAAAUUAAAAUUACUUCAGAUGUCAUUGUCAAUAAAAUUCCAAGCGUAAAAUUGGAGUCUGUGAACAUCAAAGUUAGGAAUGGAGAAUCAUUGGAAACUAACACAGCAGAAAAACCAGAUAAAACUGUCAACGGCGAAAAUUUCAAGGAGAAUAAGGAUAAAAUUCCAGUUCGACGUAUUCUAUUACGAUCAUCGAAUAAAGACCUUAAUUUAAACACGGCAGUUGCUGAGAAAGCCAAGUCACUUCAGGUUCCAGUCAAGAAAUUACGAGUGAGACUAAAACCCACACCUAGAAUAGUCUCAAGUACAACUACAGCAACUGUGAACAACACCGUCAGCUGCACCGGAGCGAAUUUAAACAAAAUAAUCAUAGUUAAAAAGCGGUCACCAAAGAAGAUAGUGAACAAAACUAUAAAGAAAACUGAGAUCAAGAAGAAACCUAUUAAAAUUCAGCCUAAGAGAAAUGCUAAAGUGACAUCAAGUGAGCUUAAAACUCAAGCAAAGUCUGAAGCGCUUGAUCUGCCAAGUGAUAUACCAGAUCUAACAGAUCUUGAGGAAGAAAUAUUAACUUGCAAAAUUCCCAAGUCUCUGAGCGGGCCUGUGCCGCCUUUAGAGGAAAUUCCGAACGUUGAAGAAAUUCUAGGAAACAUUGAUAAUGAUAUCACGGAUGAUGCUAAAAGUGACUACUGUUCCAGUCCAAGCAUUUUAGAAAAAGAGGAUUCAUUUAACCCGUUAUUAUGUAAUGAGGUUAUAGAUACUCCUGACAAUGACGUGCCUCCUAUUCCUCAAGAAUACGGUAGUGAGAAUAAUGUCAGUAAUGGUUUAGUACUGAAAGCAAAGGAAGAUGAGGUUCCUACAAUAAUUGAAACUGUAAAGAAACCUUCCACUAGGAGUGAAGCUCUCAAAUCCUCUGAUUUAGCUUCCAAGACGGUGAAAUCUACGUCAAAUAACGAAAUAAUGAAUGAAAUUGAGAGUUAUAUUAAGAAAUUAGAAGACAGAAUAAAGGACACUGCUGAAACCCAGCGUUUAGAUUUAGAGUGCAAAGAAAUAAUGUUUAGCACCGAUGCCAGUCCGGUGAUGCAAUCUGAAAGAUCCGCGUCACAGACACCUGAAAUACCCGCGUCGCGAUCGCCUGAAGUCAACGCGAACCAGCUUGAAAGAUCAGAGCCUCAUGCUGGAAGCUUCACGUCGCAGCCUGUAAUUAAGACUCCUGAAACGGCACAAGCUGCAGCAGCAAAGACAACUGAAACUAAUGUAAGCCAAAAAAAUACUAAAAGUUCCAAAGAACCCGAGAACGAUGACAUUAUAUGCCUCGAUGAAGAUGAUGAUGAUACUAAAGGCACUAAAAAUACAGACAACCCCAAUCAGAGGCAGAACAGAAGUUAUAAUACCAGUCAGGAUACGAUCAAAAAUAGCAGCAUAAAUACUGACCUGCCCAAAGCUUACAUGGAUUCCAUACAAAUUGAAGACUUACCACAUUUAAAUAAGGGGGAUCCCACGAAGAAGUGCGUCCGUAUUAAACUACCAUGCGGAAAAGUGUUCAAGGCUACUGUUCAUGGGCAAAUACAUGUAGACACUAACACAUUGUUCAAGGACCCAGCAUUACGUGCAGUUUUAUUAAGCAAUAUCUCUAACAAAAAACGAUACACUCUAAACGUCAAACAAAUGUCGACAUCCAAUAAGUCGAAUCCAGAUAAAAUAGUAGAGUCUCGUAUACAAGAAAUAAGAUUGGCGGCGCCUAAACCAAAACUAGAUAACGUCGUUGAAACUAUCGAUUUACUCAGCGAUUCAGAUGAAGAUAGUCCAAAGGAGAAAAUGAACAUAGCACAACAUUUAAACACUGAAUUUGGUAAAUAUAAAGUGAAAAAUAUGGAAAAGCAGUUUCUAGAAAAUCAUCAGAAGAUACUCGACAAAAAGUGUGUCGUGAAAUUAAAAAGAGAGAAUUUAAACGCAUCAUAUAAUGAACAACAAGUUAAAUUGGAUCAAAAUAAAGAAUUAACGCCUGACCAUUUAAAAUCAAGUAAAACGACAGUAAAUGUAAAGGAAUGUGGUUUGGUAAAUUCGCUUCCACCUGUCUCUAACAUACCUGCUGAUGUUGAACAGAAUGAGCCUGCUGCUCAGACCAGUCAAGACCCGGUUGAGCCUGUUACUACACCAAGCCAACCAGUAAUUCAGACUAAUAUUGAACCUGUCGGCCCAUCUGAUAAUUCCAUCCAGACUUGUGAUGCACCCAUGACCCAGACUGGUGAUAAACCUGUGAUGCAAUCAGUGAUCCAGCCUGUCAUUCAAUCAGAGAUUCGACCUAUAAUACAGUCUGUUAUUCAACCUGUUAAACAGUCUGUGAUUCAGUCUGUUGUCCAGACUGAAAUUGAACCUGUGAAACUGUCCGUUAUUCAACCUGCUAAGCGUGCUCACAUUGAACCUGUCGCACAGACUGUGAUUCAACCAGUCAUGCCACCUGUUGAUGAUUCUGAUAUUCUACCUGUUAGUGAGACUGUUAAGCCUGUGAUUCAACCAAUUCAACCUGAAAUGGAGGUAUUGGUACCGCCUGUUCCAUUAAACACAUUGCCUGCUAUUCAAUCUGAGCGUCAACCUAAUCUUCAGUUUAAUGUAGAAGAAGCAAUUCUUCCGGAUAUACAAUCUAUUCCUCAGACAGUAAUUCUGAAAACUACUCAAUCAGAUGUGAAACAAAUAAUUCAAUCAAUAACCGAAGUACCAGCUAUUAAACCAAUUUUACAACCUACAACAUCACCACCUGAAGAAGUCAUUGAAAUUGAUGAUUCAUCCAAUGACGAAGAUAUGAUCGUUCCAGAUCUUACUAACAGAGAUGAAAAUGCCAUAGUUGGACUGAUGCUUGCGCAAUCCAUCGCUGAACCGUUGACAGUCACACACAGAAUUACUGCACCUGAAACGCUGGUUGAUUCGAACAAGCCAGUCGAAGAAAAGAUUAUGGAAUUCAAGAAUCUGCUUUUCAAAGAUCUUGGUAUUGCAGAUCUUGCUGAUAAUUCAUCACAGUCUGGAGACACGAUACUUUCAUUCACAGGCGCUCCUCUAGCCACGGAAAGCGAUAAUUCUGUUAGUAACGAAUCUAUGACACCCCCUAUAUUACCAGAAUGUUUCGUGAAGUUGACUAAGUGUGACGAACUAGUAAGGAAAUACGAAAAUCUGAAAAUGCUGAAGAAAUGCUUUAUUAAAUUAGUCAGGUGCGAUGACUUAGUUAAGAGCUUUACUGAACGGCCCAUUGAUGUUACUGAUGAACUUUCUGAUGACAUUAUAGAUAUGGAAGAUCAUGUUCUUGAAGAUGCCGCAAGAAAUGUGGUGCCGUUGUCGCGUUGCGGAUCAUUCUCAAUUCUUGCCGAUUACGAAGUGCUUGAUGCGCUACAAGAAAGUGAAAAAUUGAGUUUCAAUGACAGAAGUAGUUCCCCCGUAAUGGCAGCAUACGAGACUAUUGCCUCAUUGUGCAGUCAACCUGAAAUGUCUAAACAAAACGAACAAAUAACGAUGGACAAAUUGACAUGUCAUAGUGAAUGGUUAUUGACUAAACCUAAUACCCAUUUACAAUAUAAAAACAAUCUUAUCAAAGAUAUCGAGAGAUGUGCAUCACAUACAAAUUCUCACGAAUCUUCAAGUGAAACAAAUCAACGUAAAGUAAUGCCUUUAACGGCUUUAGUAUUGAAGCUCUUCGAGGAUCAAUCAGUUCUAGAUAAAAUUACACCAACUAGAUUGACUAAAACUAAAACCAACAAUACAAAAUCUUAUAGGAGAAGGACUCUACUAAAUCUGAAAAGAAAGAGUCUUGAUCCUAUUGAAACAGAAUGCAAAAUUUCUAAAACAACUCGUGACAUACGCCAGGAACAGAGUGAAAAUGAAUUGACAAGUAAACCAGAAGAAGCUGUAGUGAAUUAUCAUCCAAACACCGAUGAAGUUGAGGUAAUGCAAAAGGAAUGUGAUUAUAGUAAUGUUGAAAUAAAUAUGCAGGUGCAGGAUAAGGAUAUUGUAGAAGUUACAAAUUCUCAGGACAAUUCAUCACUAUUCUGUAGAUCCAUCGAGGAUGUACAGAAUAAUGCUGAUGAAAAUCAUGAUCAAUCCGAUACAGAUAUAAGAAUACUUAACGCAGCACUCGAAGACAGUAUAAUUGAAGUGGAUUCCACGUUAUCCUGUGUAGAAGACAAGACAGAGUCUCUCAGUUCUUCCAUAUUACAAGAAGCAGAUUCAACGCAAACUGAAUUUUACAUAGAAAAUGAUAAAACACAAUUUGAAAUUGAUGCUGGCGUACUACCAGAAGUGACCGGAAUCGUCGCGGAAACCAUCAGUGGCGGUGACAACAUAAUAUCUGAAGUAGAAGUAUCCGAAAGUAUAGCUGAAAAUUGUAUGGAAGAUCCUGAAGAUAUUCGUCAAGAUAACGACACAAUUACACUGACAGAACAAAGUACGUACAACACUUAUGACGACACAAAUACAACAAAAGAUUCAGAUGCUAGUGAGGAAAUUCUAGUAACAACUGUAGUCACUGAAUUAGAUACAAGCCAUCUCAUAAGAAUAUGCAAAGACAACAAGGAUAUAAACAAUGAAGCCAUGCCGGACGAUGAGGGUAAGCCAGAACAAAAUACUUGUCUAGAUAUUGACAUGAAAUCGCAAGUGGCAGACAACUCGAUACUUGGUAAUGAUGAUUAUUUAGACAAAGAAGCUACCGUAGAAAAUAUUUCUGGAGAUGUCGAUACAAGUAAUGAAGAGCCAGAAUUGAUAAUAGAAAUUACGUGUAAUAAUAUAGAAACAUUGCUGAAAGAAACGAGCAGCAUUAUUGAUAAUAAUUGUAUGAACACUGAUAAUGAGCUGCAAGAGUCUGAAGUGACAACUGAAAAUAUCAUCAAAGACGCUGGCACAGAAUUGGAAAUUUCAGAAGCAAUAGAAACUGCAGAUGAAACAAAUAUAAAAUUGAAAGAAUUUGAACAAGAUUACGAAACUACUACAGCUCCUUCAAAAGAGCCAGAAUUGCCAGUUGCACAUAUUCGUGAUGAUGCUGAUAUACAAAUGGUAGUUGAAGAACAUGAAAUUGCUCCUGAAAAUACAGAUAUAACUCCAGAAGUUGGCACCGAUGCUAAUACAGAAUCUGAUAACGCCAUAAUUCUCUUAGAGAAUAACAGUGCAAACAUCAAUACACAAUCCAAACAGACCGAACUUACCUACCAUAAAGUUUGCUAUGAAGAUAACACCACUCGAGAAGAAACGACGGAAGCUGUUCAAGACAUUAUAUCUGAACCUGCGACUGAGAUAAACGAGGAUAUGAUUUGCGAAGACGUUAGUAGGACUACGCGACUACUAGAACAUACGCCCUUGGCCAUGGAUUUCGUGUCUGUAGAAGACGAUACAACCAUCACAGCGAUAAAUACGACGCAGGAAAAUAUAUGCGAGGAACUUAAUAAACAACCAGAAGAAGUAGAAACAACAAUGCACAACCUUUGUGAAGAUGACAUGAUAAUAUCAGAGCAAAUAGACAUUACUGCGAAGAAUAUGUCUGAUGAUUGCGAAAAAAUCGUUACAGUUGUAGAAAUAAGCCAGGAUAGUAGUCUUGAUGUAGAACUAAAGUCUGUUGAAACAGGAAGAGAACAUAACGAAGAAGCUGCUAAUAUGCUAGAGCAGAUUGACACAACUCAAGACAAUUUAGGCGAGGAAGCUGUAAGCAUUGACAACGACAUAGAAACGGAAAACAACCAUACAACGCAGGAAAAUGUAUCCAAAAAUAUUUGCGAAGAUGACACUGAACUGCAAUCUGCAGUAUCUGAAAUGGGAGACCCUAUUGCAGAGUCUGUUAGUUUAGAAGAAAAUACUGUCAUUCAACAAACCGUCUAUAAUGAAGACAAUACCUGCGAACAAGCUAAUGCCAAGCCCGUUGAAACAGGGGUGACGGACAUAAACAAAGAUAUAGAACAGGAAAAACCAGAACUGAGUAAUGAGAAUAUGUCCGAUGGUCGUAUAAUUGAAGAACAAAUUAAAGAUAUUUCUGUAAAACUUAAAACACCUGAAAUUACCAAAACAAAUCAAGAAAACACUAACGCAAAUGAGGUGAGUAAACUGUCAGAAUUUAGUAUGGAAAACACAGAUGUAGAAAACAGUGAAUAUGUUGGUGAAGUAAUCAGUACCAAAGUUAACGAUUUUGAUGUAGAAAUAAUUUGUGAAGAACUCACGGAUGAAAUUAUUAAAAAUGCUACGAAUAAACUUCCAUCGGAUAGCAGUUGUGAAGUUCAAAAUGCCGAAAGCAACAAAGAUUCUGAAGAAAUGGGCAAUGUGUCUGGUUUUGAUGUAGAAGUAAUUUGUGAAGAAGUCAAUGAAAUUGUUAGCAACACCGAUUUGAAACCUGAUGACAGCAAUUCAGCAGAGGAGAAUGUCUUAGAAUCAGAAGAGGUAGUUACAGUACUUAAAGUGUUAGAUAAUGAUACUAUUGAUCAAGUAAAUCAAGCGGAAUUCUGCGCAGAGAGGGCAAAUAAGACUGAUGACAAUGAUAUCAUAACAAAAAGAAAAGAAAGUGAGAUUGUACUUAACAAAAAUAUAGAAACAUCAAAUAGUAAUUCUGCGGAAAUAGAGGAGGUGAAAAUUUUCGUAGGAAAGUCAAUUGAUGAUCUUGUUAUGAUUAACGAAAAACAAUACAUUGUAAAAGGCAUUAUUGACAUUGGUGAUGACAAGGACCUCGCUGAAUCAGUUCUUGCCGGUACCUCAAACGAAAUAAAUGAAUCAGUGGUACAAAAACCAAUUAAAUAUACAAACUUACAGAUGCUCGAAAAUAACAGCCUUUAUGAUAAUUCCAGCUCGGUACUAAGAGUUAUCGAGUACGAAGAUGAGAAGAUGGAAAAAUGCUAUCUGUUUCCUGUUAAUUCUGUUUUAUGUGACAGCGAAUAUGAAGAACCCUUGUCACCUGAAGAAAAUAUAAUAGUUACACAACAACUACAUGAAGAUGUUCAAAUAGAAGAAAUAGACAUUAAACUUAAUAUGCCAAAGAUAACAUAUUCACGAAGAUAUAUAAGUGACAAGAAAAACAGAAAGAACUUGAAACGUAAGGUUGACAUGACGGACGUAAAGGUCUACGAGAAGAAGUAUAGAAAAGGCAAAAAUAUUGAUUAUCCUAAAAUAACAAUCGCUACAAUGGGAGACUCGGCGUACAGCAAAGAAUUUAAGCGGUUGCUUGAUUACUGUAGUUCUGUAACAUUUUCAUAUUCGCGGCCAUUCCAUAAAGAAUACAUAGACGUGCAUCACAUAUUAAAAUCUUGGCCAAUACAAGGCAUAUGUAAUGUUCCACAGAUGACAACUGAAAACGAUAAUAUGAUAUUCAGAGACACAGAAACUGUAGUUAGUAUUUAUGAUCCAAGUAAGCAAACAUUGGCUGAUGAAAUUAACACCGCGAAUAGCGAAGAAUCGGACUAUGUAUCUUACGACAUAAAUGAAACCAAUUUCAAUAUGGGUUUUGGUGAGGGGUCCGGCAGAGUCAUACAAAAUUUGGAGGACGGAUGUGGUACAAAAUUUUCGGCUGCGACUCUGUCGGACGUAAAACAAACUCAGCCGCUUUUACUGUCCAACAAUUAUGGUAACUGUGUGCAUAAUCGAAUUAAUUCAACAUAUAAACAUGAAAUUGAUUUCAUUCAACGCAAUAUAAGAUGCAUUCAAAUGAGAGAGAAAGUAAGAUCAUUUUUUAAGAAGACAAUGACUGAAUUAACUUAUGAUUGGAUGAAAGAGCAAGAAAAAGGUGAUUAUUCUGAUGGUUUGUUUGAUUCAGAGUUUCCCUAUGGACUUACUGAUCCGGACUUUAUGCAGCCAGCGCCAUUUUAUGCCACUGUCCAGAUUGUGCAAGUCGGUCAAUUGCCAGUGAGUGCGGCGGCACAGAACCCAGUGACAUGUGAUCCGAGAGUAACACAAGUUUCUAAUGUAAGUCCAUCCCAAUGUUCGGCUGAAAAUAGCCCUAGCGACGAUCCGCAGUCGGUAAUAAAAACUGAAUAUACGGAACUAACAACUGCUGAUUUAAGUAUGCCUUUAGCUCAAGAGUACGUGCAGCACAUACAGUCCAUGCCAGUACCGACUCAUGAAGCCAUGAAUUAUCCCAUGGGCAGUAAUUACACUGUCGAUGUGGAUAUAAAACCAGAAAUCAAAAUAGAAAUGGAAGAAGCGCCUGAAAUCAAAGAGGAGGUUAAUGACAAUUAUGAAAAUAGUGACUAUCCACCACUGUUUGAAAAGAAUAUGAUGAACAAUGUUGAUUAUUCUUACGAGAGUAACCAUUCUCAUAUAACACCACUAGAACCGAAUCCUAAUACGACAUUGCUCUAUAAUUACAUGGACAAGCAACCUGAGUCAUAUCCACACUUAAAACACCAGCAACAACAGGAUGAACAUUUGCAAAUGCAGCAACAGUUGCAACAACAACAACAGGAACAAUAUCAGCAACAACAAAAAAUAUUACAACAACAACUUGAACAAGAGCAACAGUUGCAGCAGCAGCAGCAGGAAUAUCAACAGCAGCAAAUAGAAAUGCAGCAAAUGCAAAUGGAACAAGAGCAACUUAAAUUGCAGCAGAUGCAACAGCAACAGCUGAAGCAGCAGCAAGAAGAGGAGCUGAAACAUCAACAACACCUGCAAGAGCUGAAGCAACAACAACAGCAACAAGAAGAACUAAAACAUCAGCAGCAUCUAUUGGAGCUCAAACAACAACAGGAACUUAAGCAACAGCAACAGCAGCAGCAACUCCAAGAGCUAAAACAACAACAGCAGCAACAAAAACAACAGGAGUUGAAACAGCAACAACAAAAGCAGAAAGAACUGAAGCAGCAGAAACAAGAAUUAAAACAACAGCAGCAGCAACAAAAACAAGAGCUCAAACAGCAACAGCAACAAAAGCAACAGGAGUUGAAACAACAGCAGCUGGCGCAACAACAGAAACUUAAGUUACAGAAACAACAACAACAAGAACUGAAACAGCAACAACUAAAACAUCAGAAACAGCAGCAACAGGAGUUACAGCAGAAACAAAUGCAACAACAACAACAGGAAUUGCAACAAAAACAGCAGAUGCAACAGCAACAAGAAUUACAGCAAAAACAACAAAUGCAACAACAGCAGCAGCAACAAGAACAGCAUCUGCAGCAACAACAGCAACAGAAUGGUUCGCAAGAUAAGACAGAUCAAAUAGCCCACGCAAUGAAUGCGGCUGGGAUCUCCUCAGGCACAGAUACCAUAUCAGGUAACAGAGCUCAAGCUCUAGUAAAUAUGCUAUCUCAAAAACUCAGACAAGGUACCGUUACUACUGGCCAGGCAUCUACAAACAAUUUUCAAAAGACAACAUCCAUUAAUGCUAUGGCAUUACAGCAGGCCCUAGCGCAAAUACUACCACCACCUCUGAAUCAAACCAAUGGAUCAGAAAACAAUCAACAAACGACCAACACGCAAGUAACGCCACAGGUUUUACAUAUAGUACAGGGAAAAAGCGCUUCAGGCAACCAUCAACAAAUUACUUUAGUCGAUAAUACUCAACAAUCCGUUAUAAAUGCACCAAAUGCAACUCCGGUGUUGCAUAUUGUGCAGAAUAAAACUGUACCUCCUGGACCUACUUCAAAUGGGACGCCGGCUUCCCAAACCAACUCCUUCAGCGGACUAUCCCUAGUAGAUGGAAUACAACAAGGAAAUCAACUCCUGCACAUAGUAAAUGCCGGGAAUCAGAAAAAUGCAAAUACAGGACAGCUUCUGAAAAGAGUUAAUCUUUUGACGAACCUAACAAAUGUACAGGGAGGGAAUGAGCAAAAAAUGGUGCAGUUUGUCUGCAAAUCAGCUGAUGGAAAACCUAUACAGUUGAAUGGACCACAUCAACGUAGCAUGGUGCUAAGACUGCAGCCUGUUGAGACCCCUAACCUUCAACCCACUCAGCAAAAACAGAUGGAGUCACAAGAAAUGAGCCCAACACAUAACGCGAACAGUAAAGAUUCUGAAAUUAAAUCGCGGUCAGUGUACGAAGAAAAUUACGCGAAAUUCAUACAAAGCUCUUCACCUAAAACAAAUGUGCCUGAAAAAGGCACUAGCUUGCCAAAGUUUAACCAAGCUUUUGGCAAACAAGUCUAUCAAGAUGGCGGACAGAAGAGUGAAAUCAGCAAUGGUAACGCUAUGUCUCCUGGUAGUGAAAACCCAGAAUGUCAGGCUAAUGAUAACGCCAUGAACUUAGAUCAUAUAACACAGAUUGGAAGUCCACCACUACUAUUGAGAAAAACAUCAACUUCACAAGCACAGCCGAACUUAGUACAGCAAAUAAAGCAGACAAUAUCCCCUAUGAAUAUUCAUGGUGGGGUCAUAUACACUCGUCAAAUACCUGUAAACCUUCCUAGUGGACAGACCAUCAACUUGAUCACUGUUCCAAGUUCGGACCUUAUUGAUGAAUCAAAUAACAAGCAACAAGGAGAAAUGGGAGAGCCGUCAAUAAUAAAGAUUGUGCCUCAAACUCAAGCUAACUCUAACUCUGAACCCUCUGAAGAAAAUAAUUCACAUAUGCCAGCAAAUGAUAACGCUCAUACUCCACAGCCGCAACCACAACCAGUUUUAACGCAAAUGAGGAUUAAAUUGCCCAUGUUAAGUAAAGCUCCACAAAUGGUGUCCGGAGGAAGACUUGUAAGGCCAUCAUUCUUCCAAAUACAACGGAAUGUCAUCUCUGGUACAAAUCAACCUGUGUACCAGCAGUUGGUGCUAACAGCAGCUCCUCAGGCUGGACAGCAGACUAUCAGGCUACCUGCUCAAGCUCAAACAACCAGCAGACCGGUGAAAGCCACUCCUAGUGAAAGUCAGUCCUCAACUGAAUCUAUGAGUUCUUCAACAUUGGAACAACUGAGAGAGUUCGAUUUAGUAUUGGAGCAAGUUAAGGAGAGAAGCACGGUACAACCGACUACUAAGUCGAAGAGUAAAAAAGCUUCGAAAGCUUCUACGGAGACGGCGUCGACCAGUUCAGCUGGUGCGGAGUCGUCACGUUCGCAACCAGCUCCACACAAACAACAUCAAGUAUUGUACUCUAUCGGUAACACACAACCUUUAAACGUUGCUUAUGUUAACAGAAAAGCUUCGGGAUCAACGUCCACUCCCACCACCUUCGUACGAUCUCCAGACUCUUCAGGCAUUGCUGACUCGUCACCUUCGUCAUCAUCUCAUAGUCAAAUCCCACACACUGUCACCAGCGAACCGUCAACAUCUGAUGCGCCAGCUACAUCCAAGUCCAAAUCUGGCUCAAAGUCCAAAUCUAGACCAAAAGCUUCGUCGAAUCCUCCCAACACAUUAAAACUAAAUACAACACCUCCGAAGCCAUCUACUCAGAAACCAGCAGAGGAUGAACAGACAACUCAACGGAUUCUAUACAUCUUAGCUGAAUAUAAAGAGCAAGUUGAAAAUUCUCCGGACAAGGACAAACCAGCACCGCGUCGUAGAACUAACCCGCCUUCGAAUCCCGGGUCUUCGAAACGCAAGAAGAGUUCCAGCUACCGUCGAGGUCGUGAUAUGAGUCCUAUAGACGACUCAUGUAGAACGAUGGGUUCUGAAGACAGCAGUUGUGGCACUUCACAGGGCGACUGCAACGAUAGCUGUGUUGACAGUCAUUCACCACAAGAUAGCCCUCGUAAAGUAGUCCGCAAGCUUACCUUCGAACAGGAAGCCCCGCCCACACCGCAACCAAGACCGCAGCCGCAACGAAACGUCAUCGUGGCUGACGGUCAAACCAUCACUGUGGCUAGAGGUACGGCUGGCAAACCGUCCACUGCUGUCCUGAUGCCUGCUAACUACAUAUUGCCAGUAUCCAUGAUAAAAGGAGGCCAGCAAAUUGCUAUUGUGACAAACAGAGGCCCCAAGCUGUUGACAGUCGGCGGUGGCGAGGGCGGAGCUACCAACGCUUUAUUGUUGCAACGACUAAUAGGCCCAGCUGGAUUAAAACCAGUGCUGACCCGGCCAGGGGUUCGGCAUGUCCGCUUGCCAACUGCGGCGCUGCAUAAUCUUCAAGCGUUUAACCUGGCGACUGCAACAACAGUGCAACCACCAGACAGUACUGCUUCGCCGGCCCCCGCUCCCACGCCUCCCGAGCUAGUGGAGACUAGAGCCAACAGUUCACCUUGGAGGGACCGCGAAGCGCAGGAAGUGAAGCCUGAGCGAGGAUCCAGCCCCGAGGGGGAGCCCUGGCAUCUUCCAGCGACAGCAGAUCCGCAUGACUACAGCUACGAGGAGGUCGUCCGCACCGACAACAUGGACCGAACCGUACUUGACCCGAUCCCAGAUAGAUACAGUCCCGAUAUGGAAGCCCAAAGGAUAUUUGAUAAGAUGUUCGACGUCGAUUCGAAAAAGUCUUACAUGGUCGAUUCGCACGACGAUUCGCCGCGAUGCGGCUACGAUAUUGACGCGUCAGAUUGCGACGAUAAGGCCUACCAUCAGGUUGUGCAGAAGAAGUCUGACGGCUCGCACCACAGACAGCAUCGAUUGACUCACGUGUCUGCAGCCGCCUUGAGGCAUAAGUAUGCCAUACUGGAACAUGAGCUGCGAUUACAGGAGUAUCUUUCUCAGAAAUCCCUGUCGGAGGAGUGUGAGGACUUGGGAGUGGAUUCGCCUUCAGCCUCGGAACUGUUCCCGGAGGCUGAGCUGCUGUUUGCAGCGUCGCCGGCGCAUGACCACACGCAGGACCAUCCACAUCAUUCACAUACGCCACAACCACUCCUCCACCACAGCAGCAUCCCCCAGCCGGACAUGGAUGAUCAGAUAGCCACCGACCAGCUGCUCCCGCGCGGAGACCUGCACGACGAGCGACAAGACCUGGCCAUGGGGCUCGACGACGUCGGCAUCGUCACCGUCAGCGAGGACGGCAUGCAGGCCACCAUAGCGCUCGACCAAGAGGAGUUCGCCCGGUCUCAUCCUAACACCACCUUCCAUAGUGAGCCCACUGAUGAUGGAGUGGUGCAACCAUUCACGAUAAGCGGGCUCAAAGGUCGACACAUAACAUCGACAAUAUUCCACGCGAACCGCGCGCCCGGCACCGUACUGAUGACGGCGCCGCAGACCACCGUCAUCUCGCAGGCGACGGCCGAGACCAGCGGCGCGCACAACGUCAAGUAUGCAGACAUCGACAACAUGAUCAACUCCAUGCCUCACUCACACGGCAACAACAUCAACUUGUCCUCAGUACUCGUCAAAGACGACGGCUUAACUAGAUUUGACAAUAUCCUAAACGAUAACAGAGAACUUCACCUCUCUAACACAGCAUCCGCCAUCGUCCACGCGACGGGCAACAACACCACACAAGUCAUCCGACGAGUGUGCUACGGAAAUAAACGAGAACAAACCUCAAGGUUCCUAAUGGACGACGGCCUCAUGGCCAGUGAGGACGCCAAAAUGAUGGCCGACGAUUCCAGAGACUUCGGCGACGUCGAAGACGAGGGAUCCUCCCCCGAACGGACCGAACUCUUCUGGGAGUCAAACUCCGCAUCAGAACGAGAGACUCGACGGCCGCUCGACUUCAGCAGCGACAGUGAUAAAUGCUGCAAGAGUCCGUCGUACGAGGAGAAUAAUUCAACCGAUUCGAGCGGGAUAGGCGCUCACAUGAGACUGGACUCGGUGAUCAAGGAGGCGCGGGGGCUGGAGCGGCGCGGCAGCGGCGACGGCUCGUCGGCGGACGAGCUGCCGGCGCCCGCGCUGCGCACCUACCCCGCGGCGCGCGCCUGCGUGGCCGGCAAGACGCGCGCCGGCGCCGAGCCCGCGCGGCCCGCCUGCGCCUCGCCCGGCCGCCGCGCGUCCGCCCGCGGCGUGGUGAAGCGCGGCUGCCACUGCUGCUCCGCCGAGCCCGCGCCGCCGCGCCCCAAGAAGCCGCGCCACCGCCGCCCCAACCUCGACUUCACGCCCGCCAACUGAACGCGGCGAGAGGCGUUACCUACUACUUACGGCUGUGGCACUCUACUCCGUCUGCCCCGCCAGACUGAAAAGCGAUCUCUUCACUGACGAGGUUUCACUUCUUAGGUGUAUUAUAAAAAAAAAACGUUGUUGACAUUGUUUUGUAUAUAAUUUUAUAAGUAAAAUAAAACCGGUAGCUAAGUUCACAGCGCAUUCGAUACGCCAUUUUAAUUAUUUUUGUUAAAGUUGAUCGAUUGAUUCUUCGUGAGUUCCUUUACGUGUUAUUAUUUUCUAAGUUAUGUCACCGAUAAGUUCAAAUUCGUUUUUAUCUCUAUAGCGAAUGACGAUUUCUUUUGUAUUGUUAAUUUUUUUCUUGUAAUAUAUCCAUAUACAUAAUAUUUUGUAUCGAUAUGUAAUUGUAUAAUAUUGUAUUUCUAUAGGUUACCUCUAAUAGACGUAAGUGUUUCCGUUAGUGAUUACAGGCCAUAUUCAAAUAUGAAUUUAAUCGUCUUUUAGCGGUGUAGAUGUAUUAAUUAAUUGAUAACAUAGCCCUUCAUAACGAUGCUAGACUGAUGUUGACGAACGAUUUGUUUCAUUAGCGCGUUGUCAUUUUGAUUCGAGCCAAUAUAUAUUUUUGAUUUUAAAUAUUGUAGUAUAUGCGCAUAGUUUUAGUUGUAAGCGACUUCCAUGUGACACAGCACAAAGUGAACUAUUCAUAAAGUAAAAGACGAUGGGAGCUUUAACUUCAGGUGAUUUGAAUUAUUUUUGAGAUUUCGUUUAUCUAAAUACUUGGGUGCCAAUAGUUUACUUGGCGUCUAUACUCACCUGUGCUUUUACGUUACGUUUCCAAAGGGCGUUAUUAUCGCUGUAUUUAAUAAUAUAUAAACAUUUAAUAGUAGCAAUGUGUUAAGCUAGUGUGAAUUUGAUAUCCAUAGUGUAAAACAUGUAAAUAAACUUUUGAUCCCCAAUUUUUGUUUAGGGGACCGUCUAGUCACUAUAGUACCGAUAUGAUAUAGCGUUAUACGUGUUACGCAGGCCGGCCGCUCGCUGGUCACCGGACCGGCUCAAAGCCGAAACAUUCUUUUUCCUUGCAGUAUUCUACCGCUUGUGUAUAUAAAAAGCCAUAAUAGAUAAUGAUGACGAAUAAUGUUUUUUGUCUCUAUUACUACAGAAUAAAAUGUGAAUAAUUUUCAAAAAAAAAAAAACUAAAUUCUUGACGUUUAGAAGCAAGAUUCAUUCCGAAUUUGUAAAUAGUGGAAUGGGGGUGUUUAAAUUUUAGUGAAUUUAGUGAGUUUCGACCUGUUUUGGGUCGUAUAGUGAAAAUUGUAAUGGGUAAUUAUGUGCACUCGAUGGGUGGUAAAACCCAAAGUAAAACUUAAUUUAGUCGUAAGUGGUAUUAGCGUGCGACGGCCGGGACGACUCGCGUCCGAUGCGUCGCGAGGUUGCUUCACGAAUGCCUCCGCUAAAGACACUAAAAUUAACAGAUCCAAUAAUACGACUCAAUUAUAUUAUCCGAGUUUUUGAAACAUAUGUAUUAUUUCGUUUUGGAAGAAAAAAAAUCUGCCAUUUCUAAAAAGUAAGGUUCGAAUUUUUUAUAUAUUCCAACAUGUUGUUAAUUGUUCAUAUAAUAUUGUAGGCAGCGUCGUACCUUCGAUAUUAUUGUCCGAACGGAAUUAAAUACAGUAUUGCAGAUGCGUUUUUGUUAUAUUUUUCACUUAGAAUUUUAAAUUUAUUAGCUGUAAAGGGAAACUAAUAAUUAACGUUUAGGAGUUUCAUCAUUAUUUUUUAAUUGAAUUGAUUGCGUUUUGUGAUUACAUAUUGUAAACAUUAUUUUUAAAAGUGCUACAGAAGAAAUGAUCAUUAAAACUUAUCUAUUAAACA